CCGCGCCCCGCGGUCCAGGCCGCCGCGUCCCCGCCCGCCGCCGGGCAGGUGUCCUGCGGGACGAUCUAGGAGCCCGAGGCGCAGGGGCCGGGCGGGCGCGGUGCCGGCUGUACUCCACGGAUAGCCUCCAAAACCUACGCCCUGCGGCUCCUCCUCUCCCUUCGGCCCCUCCUGCCUGAGCCAUGUCCACCAGAGUGGCCCACCCUCAGGACCCCCACCACCCAUCAGAGAAGCCUGUCAUUCACUGCCAUAAGUGUGGGGAGCCAUGCAAGGGCGAAGUGCUUCGGGUCCAGACCAAACAUUUCCACAUCAAGUGCUUCACCUGCAAAGUGUGUGGCUGUGACCUGGCCCAAGGGGGCUUCUUCAUAAAGAACGGGGAGUAUCUCUGCACCCUGGACUACCAGCGGAUGUACGGGACCCGCUGCCAUGGCUGUGGGGAGUUCGUGGAGGGGGAAGUGGUGACCGCCCUGGGCAAGACCUACCAUCCCAACUGCUUCGCUUGUACGAUCUGCAAGCGCCCGUUUCCCCCCGGAGACCGGGUCACAUUCAAUGGGAGAGACUGCCUGUGCCAGCUCUGCGCCCAGCCGAUGUCUUGCAGCCCUAAAGAAGCCUCCUGCUCCAGUAACUGUGCUGGCUGCGGGCGAGACAUCAAGAAUGGACAGGCGCUGCUGGCGCUGGACAAGCAGUGGCACCUGGGCUGCUUCAAAUGCAAGUCCUGUGGGAAGGUCCUCACUGGCGAGUACAUCAGCAAGGACGGCGCCCCAUACUGUGAAAAGGACUACCAGGGGCUCUUCGGGGUGAAGUGUGAGGCCUGUCACCAGUUUAUCACAGGGAAAGUCCUAGAGGCAGGUGACAAGCAUUAUCACCCCAGCUGUGCACGAUGCAGCAGAUGCAACCAGAUGUUCACAGAAGGCGAGGAAAUGUAUCUCCAAGGUUCCACCGUCUGGCAUCCCGACUGUAAGCAGUCUAUUAAGACAGAGGAAAAGCUGCGGCCACCAAACAUUCAUCGUUCUCCAUCUGAUUUCUUUUAUCCCAAAAGUCUGAUUCGCCGCACAGGACGGUCUCCAUCUCUUCAGCCUACCAGGACCUCCUCUGAAAGUAUUUAUUCUAGACCCGGAUCCAGCAUCCCUGGCUCCCCAGGCCACACUAUCUAUGCAAAAGUAGACAAUGAAAUCCUGGACUAUAAGGACCUAGCAGCCAUUCCCAAAGUCAAGGCCAUCUAUGAUAUCGAGCGCCCAGACCUCAUUACCUAUGAGCCUUUCUACACUUCGGGCUAUGAAGACAAACAGGAGCGACAGAGCCUUGGAGAGUCUCCAAGGACUUUGUCUCCUACUCCAUCAGCAGAAGGCUACCAGGAUGUUCGGGACCGGGUGAUCCACAGGUCCACCAGCCAGGGCUCCAUCAACUCCCCCGUGUACAGCCGCCACAGUUACACUCCGACCACGUCACGCUCGCCCCAGCAUUUCCACAGACCUGGCAACGAGCCGUCCAGCGGCCGGAACUCCCCUCUCCCUUACCGGCCCGACAGCCGCCCUCUAACUCCAACUUACGCUCAGGCCCCUAAACAUUUCCAUGUUCCAGAUCAAGGGAUCAACAUUUACCGAAAACCACCCAUCUACAAACAGCAUGAUGCAGCUGCCUCGGCAGCCCAGAGCAAGUCCUCAGAAGACAUCAUCAAGUUUUCCAAGUUCCCAGCAGCCCAGGCGCCAGAUCCCAGCGAGAUACCAAAGAUUGAAACAGACCACUGGCCCGGUCCCCCCUCCCUGGCCGCCGUAGGAACUGACAUGAGACGCAGAUCGAGUGGCAGAGAGGAAGAUGAGGAAGAGCUUCUGAGACGCCGACAGCUUCAGGAAGAACAGCUGAUGAAGCUUAACUCAGGACUCGGGCAGCUGAUAUUGAAGGAAGAAAUGGAAAAGGAGAGCCGGGAAAGAGCAGCCUUGGCCGCCAGUCGCUAUGACUCUCCCAUUCACUCAGCUUCACCUAUUCCAUCAUCAAAAACUUCAUCUCUCCCUGGCUAUGGAAGAAACGGACUUCACCGGCCCGUCUCCACCGACUUUGCUCAGUAUAACAGCUACGGGGAUGUCAGCGGGGGAGUGCGAGACUACCAGACCCUCCCGGAUGGCCACAUGCCUGCCAUGAGGAUGGACCGAGGAGUGUCCAUGCCCAAUAUGUUGGAGCCGAAGAUAUUUCCAUAUGAAAUGCUCAUGGUGACCAACAGAGGGCGCAACAAAAUCCUAAGAGAUGUGGACAGAACCCGGCUGGAGCGCCACUUAGCCCCAGAAGUGUUCCGGGAGAUCUUCGGGAUGUCCAUACAGGAGUUUGACAAAUUACCUCUUUGGAGACGCAACGACAUGAAGAAAAGAGCAAAGCUCUUCUAAAUCCUGCACAUAAGUGGCAGUUAGGAACACAAGGCUGUCGCGACAGCAGUGCCUAGGAUGUGUAGUAAGGCCCAGACUUGAUUGGAGAGUUUACAGCCACCAUCCCUAUGUGACAACAAAAGGGGAAAGUCUGGUCCCAACACCCAUGAGCCAAACACUGGGCCAACCAACAGCAACACUUGCCAAGCAGCAAUGGGGUAGAAAUUUCUAUGUUCUCAAAUUGAGCAGUAGUGUCCACAUGUGAGCUUUUUACAUGACCUCGUGUCCACAACAGGAGCUUCCUCCUUUCUCCUUUUGUUUUCCUCUAACUGUUGUCCAGCAUAGUGCUGACUGUACUGAUAAGAGCCGGCAAGUGCCCUUAGGAUGCUGCUCGGGAAGAAACAGUAUGCUAAUUCCAAAGUAUAACUGUAUUUAUUACAUAGCACUGUGCUAACUAAAGAGGAGGCAGCUGAGAAGUGCAUCUGUGUGACAGCGAGUUUUGCACACACGUCUUCUUACCAGCCUCAGACAGCAGAGCCUGUGCACAGGCAGGCCUGGAAAUCAGGAAUGGCACCGGGCAGCUCUGACCGGGUGGAUGACUACUGGGAAAAAUCAUUUUUGACAAGCUCCUUGUUCUCUCCUGUUUGCUAGGAACAAGCUGGCUAAUUGCCUGGCCGUUAGUAGAGUGCUUAUCAGAGAAAAGAAAAGGGGUGAAGGGAAUCAUCUCUGAGCUCUGUCCUGCUUCAGGUAGUGUCCUAAACCCUUCCUCCCCACCAAGGACAGGAGCCAGCUUGGGCUCCACCUGUGCCGACAGAGGAAAGACACGGACCGUGUCCAGCUUGGCGUGGCUGCAUGCUGCUGGUGAUGUUUGCCUGUGGAUUCCGCCAGUCUUAGAAAAGGACAUUACUGUCCUGCCACCAGCCUAGGCUCUUUUACUCUGUGCCCUGGCUCUAUCCAGCACCCUGUGAAUCAGAUCAAGCCCGUGCUGGUUUUCUUCAGCAGCUGGCUAAGAAAAGGCACAUUUUUCUCCUAAAUCUCCUCCAAAGUAGGUUGCACCCCACAGAUUUAUUUUGCCCCACACUCUUAACUUCAUGGAGUAGAGGUGUGUGUUUGUGUGUCCCUGUGCGGAUUGCUCACCCAGGGCAGUUUUGUGAGUCUGCAUGUGCUUUAUAACUUCUCCUUGGAUGUCACACUGUGAUACUGCUUCUGAAGGACACCGGCACAAGUGCAUGUGACGCAUGUGACCAAGAAGGAGGCUAGGCUGUGCCCCAACCUCACCUCCUUUGUGGGGAGGUGUUGAUGCUGCCGGGCAGCGUGUCCGUGUGCCAGUGCAGCUCCAGGUGCAGUCAGGCUGUGCUGCAGCUCAGAGCGCCUCACCAGAGUCCUCGUCCUCUGCCGUGCUCAGCUCAGCUCAGAGCCUCAGCCUCGUCCUCACUAACGCGUGCAAAUAAGACCACAUUGUGAGGCCUGGUGUGAGUUGGAUAAAGGAGACUCUAAGGCUCAGUCACUUUUGUUCUUGUGCUCUGAAGCUCUGCUUAAGCGUUUAAGCUCUGUGUUAAAACCAAAGGAGAAAGCUUUGGAAUUCGUCUGCAAGGUCUCUUGAGACAAAAAGCUCAGUGAUUCUUCAGCACCCUUCUUUCUCCCUUCAUCAAAGACUAGGAUCACCAGCUGCCCACCUGGCCUGGGUGGUAAAGAGCAAGCUGUAGAGUUUCUGAGUCCGUGCUGCAGACCUGCAACAUGUGACCCUUCUGCCUGUUGGGUUUGAGUGCUGUGGUGAACGCUGUAGUUGCUCUAAGUUUUCUUCUGUGCGCUUAUUGAGGGAAUCCAAGUCUGAGAACUACUCUCCCCAAGUUGUGUGCCUGUGUGUUGGACUUGCUGGCAUAGGCGAGGGGCGGCUCUGACAGAAUGAGUCUAAGGAGAUGAGACUGGCUUCUGCUUGGGCCAACGCCGCCUGCCGUCUUCCCCUGCAGGCCUUAAUUGCCUGCCACUUUUCCGUGUUUCCACUGUCCUCUGCCCAAAGCCUGUGUGUACUAGUUCUUGCCUUGCCCUGGCAGAGUGUAGAGGUGGGGACUGUGGUGCAUUCAGUGUCUCCCCACCAUCAUCACUGAUGGUGGCUAUGGCUACGUGGGUUCCUGCGCUUGGAUGACGGAGACAAUGUUUUUCAUUAUGGCGCUAAAGAACCUGCCAUGCUUUUCUUUGGUUAAUGAAUCAUCACCCAUAAAAUGCAGAUCAUGUGGCCAGGGGGAGAGAAACAUGGGUAUUUGGGGCAAUCAGAUGGCGAGGCUCAAGUUCUUACUGCUUUACAUUAAAAGGAGAUGGCUUUGUCCUGGAAUAGGAAAAUUAGACAGAGAAGGGACAGCUCUCCUCUUUAUGUAACAGAGGCUCGCAAAGAAGGGCCUGCCUAAGGGUGCAAUGAUAAAUAAAGAACUGGACUCUAAAUUCUGCUCCCAUUAAAGACACCCUGCUUUUCUUAUAUCUUUUGAACUCAGUUCUGUACCUAGCUUGAAAUGUUUUGAUAAAGCUUCUUUCCAUAUCAAGCAUACUAGUUCAUUUAAACUGUACCACACAGAGAUGCAAUUGCUGGAAAACAGCAGUGGUCCCCUGACUACAAGCAGAGCAGCAUUCUGCCCUGGGGAGAGGCUGCUGGUGACAGCCACAUGGAGUGGGCCUCCGGUCUCCACUGCCAGGGAAGAGGCUCCAGCUGACAGGAUGGCCCAGGAUCCCGGCCCAGAGCAUGGGUUCCAGGCCCUCUCCACUUUGCUAAACUGGGCUCAGCACGCUUGACCUGGAAAUGUCUAGGCCACAGCACAGAAGAGGAACCCCACCUACCCUGUUUUACACAGGAAAGUAUGAACUGUAACUCACAGUCGCUUGCUCGCUCUAGGAAAAGAAUGACAUACACGGCAGGCUAGGUGCAUAUAUUAAGGGCUACAUUUUCAAGCAUUUGGCUUACUUAUACCUUGAAGUGCAUACUAAUUGCAUGAGGUCGGAGGGGCCUCAGUGACAAUAUGAGGGUUAGUGCUUCCUUUCAGAUGUCUUAGAGGAAGUCCAGGCUCUCAGGUGUUCUUCCUGUGUGACUUCUUUGGAGACAUGAAGAGCACCUGGAAACCUGUACAGCUAGCUAUGCAUCUCAAUUUUGGUUUGGAGUUUGUUACAAAGUGUUUUUAAUAUGACUUCUUUGAUAAUUAAACAUAAACUGCCUGUUCUCUGCAACUUCACAGAGGAAACCUAAAAUUGAUGGGUAAUAGGGUACAAAAAAAUCCCAGACUUUGGGAUGGUUUUCUAUCUGUGAUGUCUUCUGUUCUCCCCCAACCCCAACCCUGCUGCCUUCUCUGCUGAGGCCUCAGCUUUAGGAAUUUUCUGUCCCAGACCUCAGUUUCCCCAUUGUAGUCUGGUGUCCCUCACCCCUGACCUGCAGGAGUGCAGCUGGAAAUGUUUCUAGAUCUCUCAUCUGAUUUCUAUGUACCUUGAAGCAAACGUCGUUUUUCUAAUAAUUGCUUCUCAGAUGAUAGAAAAUACCUAUGCUUUUGCAAGUUUCCAAGUAUUCAAAUUAACCAUUUUUGACUAGGUGAGCCUUUCUAAAAAUUACUUAGAGCAAACAGCCUUGGUGUUCUGGGGUGUGAUGGGGGGGCUGGCUCCAGCGUGGGCAUCUCGCUGCCCACCCGGUUUCUGGCCAUAAUGAAUGGGGGAGGGGAAUGAACUCUGACUCAUCCACCCUUUUGUGUCCUGAAGCAAGUUCAGAUGUUAAACCGCAUUCUCUCUAUAUUCAGUCUUUACUUCCUGUGCCAGCCUUGAUUUUAUUUGAUUUUUAAAAUUAUUUCCUUUUGACAAACUAAGUACCCAUGUGCCCUACAGCUUCCUCUUAAUGCUUCUUAAUGAAGAAUAUUUCAAUGCAAAAACAAAGAUUAUCUGGGGCCCAAGACGUGCAGUGCAGUCAUCUCACCCUGACGAUGUACCUGCCUUCAGGAAGCAGCCCGACCACACUGUCAUGGAGGCAGAGAAAGCAUUUUAAGCAAAGCACUGUAUCUUUCCAUUGGUUGUCAGGAGGCAGAGGAAGCCGGUGACAGACAUGCUUUACAUAUGGAUUGUUACAUUGUCAUUUGGCCAAGUUUAAUUUAUGGCAGACUCAGAAAGCAGGAGGUGGUUCCUUUAAGUUGAAACCUUCUAAGCAGUGAAUGUGUACACAAUAAAAUUAAAGCAAAUCCAACAUUUUCUGAAGCCUAGUAUAAUUGAGUGGUAGUCACCAUUACCUAAAAACACAUCCUACAGUGUCUUUCCCAAGAGUGAAGUUCCCGGGAGCGUCUUCCUGCGCCCUUAGAAGGAAGAUGGAAGCAGACACAACAGACCCGAUGUGCAGCUAGGGGAGGGGCUGCUGCCUGACUGCGUCCCCAUCUGUUUCUUCACCUUUUGGAAGGGGAAACCCUUGCCCCCAAAACUCAUGUUCCUUUUCUGCUUUGUGUGUAGACUUGUCUAGUAAUAAAUGUAAGUGGUUUCCGUGAGUUGCCAGUGACCCUG